AGCUAAGUUGGCAACAGUGCUCAUGGUACUGCGGCGUCUGAUUUUACAAAACAACUUUUUGUUGCAAAAUAAAAAUGAAAAUGUGCAAAGUUUUAGCUGGAGAUAAGCGAAAAAGUUAACACAACAAGUGUGAAAUUAUGGACGUGAUUAAAACUGUGCAAUAGUUAUUUAGGCGGGAGCUUCUAAAGUUUGUUGAUUCUUUCAGCUAGCAGACAACAGCCUUGAACAUUUGUGUGUGUUUGUUUGUGUGAGUCUUGUGUGUGUGUAUAUAAACAAAGUGCGAACGCGGGAAUUGCAACUGUUAACAAUUUUGUAAGUGAACUAAAUUUAUGCCCAGUGCUUGUCCAAAAUGUCCAAUGUGCGCUGCAUUAACUUUUGGGAUCUGUGCCGCAUCUGCACGGCUAGCAGUGAGCAGAAGAUUAACAUUUAUUCACCCGAUGGUCGCGCCAAAAAUCUCAGUCAUAAAAUUUCGGAGUGUCUUCCAGUGCAAAUUGAUGAGAAGGACCGUCUGCCCAAGGUAGUCUGUGCCCAGUGUGCCCACCAAGUGGAACAAAUGUACGAGAUGCGAAAUAUUUCGAAAAACUCGCAGACAAUACUUAGCAAUUGGCUCAAUCAUCGCACACUGCAGACCGAGGAUAAAGUGUUCAUCAAAGAUGCGAUCAAUGACGCUGGCAAGAGUCUUAACGUGGUAGGCACUGCCACCCAAAGCAGCAACCAGCCCAACGAUCUGCUGAGCAGCAUCAUCCAGGCAGUUGGCAUGCAGGUUCAGCAGCAGCCUCUCCAGCAACAGCAGCAAUACACAAUUACUGUUGACAGUCACGUGCAGGCUCAUCCGCAGCUUCCUCCCCCUCCACCUCCCCAGCAGGAAGUCAAGAGUGAGAAACAAAACACCCUGGAGGAGUUUAUACGUCUCAAGCCCGACAUAAAAAUCACGCCGCUGGGGAAGAAGGACAACGUAAACAGCUCACCUGGUACGAGUUCUGUGACCAACGGCAAACAGCAGCAGCAACAUCAUCAACAGCAGCAGCAACAGCAUCAGCCACAACAACAGCAACAGUUGUCGGCGCAAACAUUAACAGCAGUGUCCGCUCCCGCAGCACAAAUACAGUUGCAACCGCAACAGCUUAAUGAGCUCAAUGUAUUGCUACAACAACAGGCGCUCUUGCAGCAGCUUCAACAGCUGCAGGCUCAGUCGCAGUCGCAGUUUACUAGUUGUGCCGAUGACGGCAUGGGAUCCGCUGACAAGAAACCUAAACUGAACUUUGUGCUGUCGUCACCUGCGGCAGCUCCACAAUUUGCUGGUAGUUUGCAACAGUUUGGCGGCAUCAGUGGAGCACAGCCCCAAAUUCAAUUGCAACUUCUGCCUGGUGGUAGUGGAACUGCCAGUAAUGCAACAGCUGUCCAGCAACCACAGCAGUUUAAUGCUGCAGCUUUACUCUCCAGCCUGACUGGCACUCAGGUUGUCGGUGGCAAUGGUGCAUCCAAUAUGCUCUCGCCUAACAAAUGCUUCUUACCAAUUACCAUUCGUGAUGAGAACUCUGACCAGCAGAUUGUGGCGCAUAUAGACACCAAGAAUCUGGUACUGCCCACCACGUACCAAGUGCAAAUGAAGCUGCAGCCCCAAUUAGCCACUGCGGAUGGUCAGCCUAUUAUGCAACUAACGCCGACUUCCAUUCCAGCUACUUUGCAGUUGACGCCACAGACUCUCGGCAAUGCGACAUCCUUUCAAUCAGCGUCGACAAUGCAACAAAAUCAAUUCCUUGUUCCACAGUCACAACUACAACAACAGCAGCAACCGCAACAACAUCAACCACAACAACAGCAACAUCAAUCACCACAACAACAGCAACAUCAAUCACAACAACAGCAGCAACAUCAACCACAACAGCAGCAACAUCAGCAACAUCAACCGCAACAAUUGCCGCCUACUACAGCACAAGUGACUUCACAGCAAAUCAUUAGAUCUCCGCGCUCAAAUCCGAUUAAUUCCCAGUUGAUCAUUAGAAACGUUAGCUCCGAGCCGAGCACACCAACGAGCAGCAGCACAGAUGCUUCGGUCAAGUUCAAGACACCUUCGCCGCGGCAGCAACCUCAGCAGCAGGUUAAAUUUAAAGCCACACCGCCAAAUGUUACUUCAAUCGGUGCAGUAGCUGCUACUGCUGCUGCUUCCAAUAACAAUGCCAACACGGAGUACAACAAGCGAGUGGGGCUGGUGAAGCAGCCAACGGCAGCGUCAAACAAUGUGGCUGCACUGCAACGGCUUUCAUCCAACACAACUAUCACUAAGCUGACCAAGCCACAGCAGUCUGGGACGAGCAAUAAAUUGCCGGUAUUAAAUAAACAAAAUAUUACCAUCAGUCGCAUCUCAGCGCAAGCACCGCCCAAACCGGAGCCUAAACCGCCACAAGUUGCAGCUCCUGCACAAAUUCCAUCAGCACCUAAGCCACAACCUCCACCACCGCCAGCUCUGGCAAUGCAACAGCUGCCACAGCCAGUGGCAACGAAUGUAGUCACAAGUAUUGCAAACCAAAGAAAAAUUAAUCGCAAGCCGCCAGAGCAACCAGUGAAUCAGAGAUUAAAGACCGCACGUCCGCAGCAACAGAUUCUGCCUGUGCCCUCGCAACAAACGACGACAACGCCUCAACAGCAGCAGCAGCUGCAACAACAGGAGACUAGCACUUUGGCCAGUGACACGCCCGCAGCGACACCAGCUAGUGCACUUACCUGUCCCACCUGCCGACGCGAGUUCAAGAAGAAGGAGCAUCUCACACAACAUGUGAAACUCCACGCAGGUCUCCGUCCCUUUAAAUGUUCAGAAGAAGGCUGUGAUAAGGCUUUCAGUCGCAAGGAGCACCUGUCUCGUCAUCUGGUCUCUCACUCUGGCCAGAAAAUGUUCACCUGCGAGGAUUGCAAGAAGCCCUUUUCGCGCAAGGAUAAUCUCAACAAGCAUAAACGCACACAUAGCGCACAGCCUGGCGAGACUCGACUGCACAGCUGUGAAAUUUGCAAUAAAAACUUUGCAUCCAAGCAGCAUUAUGAGAAGCAUCGCGAGAUGCACAAGAAAUCACGUCUUGAUAAUGGAGCACCAACCACACAGCCAGCAGGAGGAAGUCAUCAAACUGCCAAGGCACAAGAUAUAUAUGAGGUGAAGUCAGCAGAAACUGCAACUCCUCAAACUCAAACACAGCCUGCGCAGACACAAAUGCAAAUUCAACAACAACAUCAGCCUCAAAUAAUGCACGUGGAUCUGGAUGGGAGCACCAUAACAAUUACUCAAGCAUCCGAUUCUACUAUGCAAUCAUCUCUAGCAAACUUUGUUCAACUGGGUUUUUCACAAUUUCAAAACUCCAGCGGUCCUGCAAACCAAAUAGUUUGUAAACUUGAAAAGUAGACACUAAAAUUAAGUUGAACUUAAAGCUCGAAUCCUUUUCUAGUCUUUUUUUAGUUUCAUUUUGAUUCUCGUCCUUGCCAGUUUUGUUACAAACUCUCGUAUUUUAAUUAAAUGUGUCUCAAAGACAUAGAAUUAUUUCCUUUUUAUGUUUUUGAUAUUUUUAAUUAUUAGUUGAUUCACUUUCGUGUUUCAAUUAGUUGCAAUAUUCGGUGUUCAAUUUUAAUUGGCUAUUAUACAUACACAAUUUAUUUUAUUCUUUAAAAUUCUGUAUUCCAAAUCAAUCUCCUUUUAAUCGUCCAUUUUCUGUUAAUUCAACAUGUAUUAAAUGUAUCGCCAAUAUUAAAAGUAUAUAUACUAUAUACUAAGCAUGUACACCGAUUAAGAUUUGUAUUUUAUUAGCAUACUUUAUUGUAAAUAUUUAUAUAGAAGAACAAUAGUUGUAAACGCAUUUGUAUUACAAAAUAACGACCUGUUGGGAUCGAAUUGAAAAAUUAAACCAAAAAAUUAAAUUUAAAAUAAAUGCGAGUGCGAUGGUAUAAUUUA